AUGUUCUGGAUUUUUAUUUUGGUGAUCUUGUAUAAUCCUAAUACUGUGUGUGCCGUUACUAACAGUAACUGCUAUACAACAAUCAAGCAAGAUUUUCAUGUUAAAGGAGAUGUGAAUAUUGGUGCAUUUUUCUCUCUUCAUAUUUACUACACAGGCAACAAGGUUCCUGAUAUAAAGGACCCAUACUAUUUCAAGGAUAUUCACUUACAGUAUAAAUUCAAAAACUACCAGUUUCUUCUGGCCCUGUUAUUUGCCAUUGAGGAGAUCAACAGAAACCCUCAUCUUCUACCCAACAUAACUUUGGGCUUUGAUUUCUAUAAUGUUCGAUUUACUGAAAAAUCUAUUCUUGAAGGUCCUCUCACUUGGCUCACAAUGUUGCCAUACGCUGUACCUAAUUAUAGCUGUAAGAAUAAGAGUAAGUCACCUGCUGCCCUCACAGGAACAUCAUGGUCAACAUCUGCUCACAUUGGGACACUGUUACAACUCUACAAAAUACCUCAGCUCACUUUUGGGCCUUUUGAUUCUAUUUUAAAUAACCAAGGUCAGUUUAACUAUGUCUAUCAGAUGGCCCCCAACGACACAUUUCUGUCUCUUGCCAUAGUCUCUUUGAUGCUUCAUUUCAGCUGGUCCUGGGUUGGUCUGAUCAUCCCAGAUGACCACAGAGGGACACAGAUUCUGUCUGACUUGAGAGACGUUAUGGAGAGAAAUAGCAUCUGUAUAGCCUUUGUGCAAAUGAUCCCUGGCGUCUGGAAUUCAUUUUCAAAUGCAUUAUGGAAAAGUCUGGAGACUGUUCAGGAAUCAUCAGCAAAUGUGAUGAUUAUUUGUGGUGACAUUGUUUCUUUACAAGGUUUAAUGAGACAUAUUGCACAGUUGUUAGUGACUUGGAAAGUCUGGGUCUUAAACUCUCAGUGGGAUGUUGACAUCCAUUCUGAUUAUUUCAUGGUAGACUCAUUUCAUGGAAGUUUCAUUUUUUCACAUCACCAUGAAGAGAUGAUUGAGUUUACAAAUUUUAUUACAACAGUUAAUCCCUAUAAAUACCCAGAAGACAAUUAUCUUCCUAAGUUUUGGUUUUUAUUCUUCAAGUGCUCAUUUUCUGAGUUUGAUUGUCAACUUUCUGAAAACUGCCAAGCCAAUGCUUCUUUGGAGUUAUUGCCAAAAUACCUUUUUGAUCCAGUCAUGAGUGAAGAGAGUUACAAUAUAUAUAAUGCCAUGUAUGCUGUUGCCUACAGUCUCCAUGAGAUGAAUCUUCAGCAAAUACAGAUACAAAGAUAUGCUAAUGGAGAAAAAAUGGUAGUCUUCCCUUGGGAGGUCCUCCCUUUCCUAAAGAACACCGUACUGAAACAACAUAUGAGAGGUCACACAGAUAUGGAUGGGAGAAAAAACUUAGAUUCAGAAUAUGACAUUCUCAAUUUUUGGAAUUUUCCAAAGGGUCUUGGAUUAAAGGUGAAAGUAGGAAACUUUUCUCCAAAUGCCCCCCAUGGUCAACAGUUCUUUUUAUCAGAGAAGAUGAUACACUGGCCUACAAUGUUUACAAAUAUUCCUCAGUCUGUGUGCAGUGAGAGCUGUAAACCUGGAUUCAGGAAAUCUGCCCAGGAAGGCAAGGCUGUCUGCUGUUUUGAUUGCAUGCCUUGUGCAGACAAUGAGAUUUCCAAUGAGACAGAUAUGGAUCAGUGUGUGAAGUGUCCAGAAAGUCACUAUGCAAACUCAGAGAAGAGCCACUGCCUCCAGAAAUCUGUGAGCUUUUUGGCCUAUAAAGACUCCUUGGGCAUAGCUCUUGCCACCACAGCACUGUGCUUCUCUGUGCUUACAGCUGUGGUUCUUGUAGUCUUUGUAAAGUACCGAGACACACCCAUUGUCAAGGCCAAUAAUCGGUCUCUCAGUUACACCCUCUUAUUGACACUCAUCAUCUGUUUUCUCAGUUCCUUGCUGUUCAUUGGCCAGCCAAACACUGCCACUUGUAUCUUGCAGCAGACAGCAUUUGGAAUUUUGUUCACUGUGGCUCUCUCGACAGUGCUGGCCAAAGCUAUUACAGUAGUUAUCGCAUUCAAGGUCACUGUUCCAGCUAGAAGGAUGAGGUGGUUAAUGGUAUCAAGGGUGCCUAAUUUCAUCAUUCCCCUCUGCACACUGGUCCAACUUCUUCUCUGUGGAAUCUGGCUUGUUACCUCUCCACCCUUCAUUGAUCAAGAUGCUCAUGCUGAACAUGGUCACAUCAUCAUUUUGUGCAACAAAGGUUCAGCAGUUGCCUUCCAUUGUGUCCUGGGAUACCUUUGCUUCCUGGCCCUUGUGAGCUACACCCUGGCCUUCUUGUCCAGGAAUCUGCCUGACACAUUCAAUGAAGCCAAAUUCCUGUCAUUCAGCAUGCAAGUAUUCUUCUGUGUCUGGAUCACCUUCCUCCCUGUCUACCAUAGCACAAAAGGAAAAGUAAUGGUGGCUAUGGAAGUCUUCUCUAUGUUGGCUUCCAGUACAGCACUUCUUAGCUUGAUCUUUGCCCCCAAGUGCUACAUUAUUUUAUUCAGGCCAGAAAAGAACUUCUGUCUUAACAUCAGACAUAAAUCUCAUUCAAAAAGGAUAGUGGUUUAA